AUUGAGCACAGAUCUGUCAGGCGCAGCACGAGCGCGACUCCUCCGCACAGAUGAACCGCGCGCGCGCUCAUCAGGAGCACUAAACUCUCCAGCAGUCUCUCAGCGCGCACAACAGCGACAUUCCCACACCAUCCCCGUUCUUUUACCAAUGUGGGAUUCUUAUUCAGGAAAAACCUGCCGGCACGAAGACUUUCACUUUGGAAUCACUACACGGCAAAACCAUAAAAUUCUUCCAGCAUGGAUCCCAUUAACUGCACGUCUGUGGAUCUCUCUGAUGUUCUGGCCAGCAAGAUGAGCCCCAGUAAGAUCCUCCUUUCUCUGACUCUCUCCUUCCUGGCUGUGGCGACCACUGCCAUCAACUCCCUGGUCAUCACCGCCAUCCUGAUCACCCGCAAGCUCCACCAACCCGCCAACUACCUCAUUUGCUCUCUGGCUGUGACAGACCUCCUGGUCGCUGUUCUGGUGAUGCCCGUCAGCAUUGUGUACAUUGCAGAAGAGACUUGGGUCCUCGGCCCCAUUGUUUGCCACCUGUGGUUAGGUGUCGAUGUUACAUGCUGCACCUGCUCAAUUUUACACCUCGCCGCCAUUGCGCUGGAUCGAUACCGUGCCAUCACUGAUGCUGUGGCGUAUUCGCAAAAACGCACAUAUAAAAGAGUGAUUGUAACCAUUUUGUCUCUGUGGACACUUUCCAUUCUGGUGUCCCUUCCACCUUUAGUAUGGAGGAAAUUCCCUAAAGUAGAAUUUAAGGACGGGAAGAGGGAACCCAUGGACUGUUUGAUUGAACACGACCAUGUGGCUUUUACCGUCUACUCAACUUUUGGAGCAUUUUACAUUCCUUUGGCACUCAUUUUGGUUCUUUACUACAAGAUCUACAAGGCAGCGGAGAUGCUUCGUAACCGUAGAGGAAGCAGCCGGUUAGUCAAACAGACCGUCAGCAGUGUGAUGCUUCCGGGAAUGAGCUCUGAUAAAGACAUCGCUUUAAGUCCUGACUCAUUCUGCCCAAUCGAGAAGUCUUUUUCUGAUCCUUCGACAGAUGGGGAAAGAGUGCGCAUUACUUCCUCAUCAGGUAAUCUCAUCAGAGUCCGGAGGAACCCAGGAGCCAGGGAGAGACGAGCAGCUUUGACAUUAGGACUAAUCCUGGGAGCUUUUGUGGUGUGUUGGUUACCGUUCUUCCUGAAGGAGGUGAUUGUGAAUAUUUGUCCGACCUGCACCACCUCUGCGGUGCUUGCAGAUUUUCUCACCUGGCUUGGGUAUCUCAAUUCUCUUAUAAACCCACUUAUAUACACCAUCUUUAAUGAGGACUUUAAGAAAGCCUUUAAAAAACUUCUGCCACUCUGUUGCAGCACUGUCUUGUGAAAUUGCCUGAGAAGGAGGAAGAAAUGGGCUAAUGGAUUGUAGGUUUUGGUGGUUUUCAAGACAGACGUGUCAUACUGUAAAUCACUGGACUUCUGCAAGAAUUACACAUCUCUCAGAGACAUUGCAUCAGUGUAUUGUUUACGGUGGGUAGAUUUUUCCAAGCAAAUUGGGAUCCUGGAUUAACAUCUAUGUUGACCCUGGAAAUUCAUUAAUGUUUCGGAAAUAUAAUCCAUACCUAACCCCUUCCCCUAAACCUAACCCUAAACCAUUCCCAGUCUGGGAGGGGGUUACUAGUUGAACUACAAUGACAACCAUAACUGUAGGUCUAAACUUAACAUAAACUGUAAACUUAUCCCUCAAAUCUGAGUGGCUGAUUGGAAUGAUGUUCCGGGAUCAGUACAGAUGUUGUGUCCUGCUUGGUGAAAUCACACCUACUUGUUGUUUACAUAGUGCGUGUAUAUACUUUUGUACAUGACUGUGAGUAAAUCAACCCAUUUGUCCACUUAAAGAUUUUAGUAUUUUGAAAUGGAGAAUUUUAUAAAAAAAAUAAUAAUAAGUGUCUGGUACACAAUGUUAUGUAAAUCUGUCAAGUUUACACCAAGGGGUAAAAAUUUGGCUGGUUAGCAUGGUCCAGUGUCCCCCUGCUGACAUGUCAUAACUAAGCCAUCAGUAUUUCCCUUCAUUAUGCACUCUCAGUAUGUACAAAGAAAAAAAAAAUGUCACUGAGAUGGUACCCUUUCAAAAGUCACACUUUUUAUGUAAAGGGUACAUGUUAGUACCUAAAGGGUCUAUAUUGGUACUUUGAAGUUAUGUAUUAGUACUUAAAGUGUCCAUACCUUAAAGCCUGAGUGAAAUCAAAUUUUACUAUGGUGUACAAUUAAAUCAUGCAAGUUAGUAAAUCUGACUAUUUGCUUCCGCAUAUUGAGUGGGGGUUCCUCUCUGUUGACGUCAGUUAAGUAAUCUAACUUAUGGAGCCAGAUCAGUCUCAAAAAUAAUACUUUAUUA